AUGAAGACCGCGCGCGCAAGGCUCGCUCCCCCUAAGAGCAAAUAUGUCGAGCACAUCUUGGUCGCUACCCACGCCGGCGAGGCCGGUGUCGCCGAGGUCUUUCGCGCCAUCCAGAACCGCCUGCGCGACUCCACCUGGACCAUCGUCUUCAAGGCGCUCAUUAUCAUACACCUGAUGAUCCGCGAGGGCGAGCCGGACGUAACCCUCAAGUUCCUCGCCCAGUCGCCCGCUCGCCGCCUGGCGAUUAACAACUUCACUGAGGUGCAGACCCAGGGCCACAACAUCCGCACCUACACCGAGUACAUUGUUGUGCGCGCGAAGAGCUUCGGCGCCACAAGGAUAGACUAUGUGCGCAACGGCGAGGGCCGGCUCAAGCGCCUGUCGGUUGACAAGGGCCUGUUGCGCGAGACGGAGCAAGUCCAGGACCAGAUCCACGCCCUGCUGCAGUGCGACUUGCUGUCGCAAGAGCCCGAAAACGAAAUCACCCUGACAGCCUUCCGGCUGCUGACAAUGGACCUUCUUGCCCUCUUUCACGUCAUGAACGAGGGCACCAUCAACGUGCUCGAGCACUACUUUGAGAUGUCGCAUACCGACGCCGAGCGCGCAUUGAAGAUCUACAGGAUAUUUUGCAGGCAGACCGAUGCGGUGGUGCAGUAUCUGUCCAUUGCAAGGCUACACGAGCAUUCCACCCGCCUUGAGAUCCCCAAGAUCAAACACGCCCCCACCAGCUUAGGCAACUCUCUCGAGGAGUACCUCAAUGACAAGGAUUUUGAAAUUAAUCGCCGGCAGUACCUUGCGCAGCAGGAUGCGAAGAAGAAUUCGAAGACCAAUGGCUCCAGCAAACUGCUGGACAAGAAGGAAACUGCAAGGGCCGACACCGGCUUCCCGGAGUCGAAGCCAGCGCAGCUUGAAAGCAAGGGCCCGGCGCCAGACUUGAUUGACUUCUUCGAAUCCAUUGAGCAGAACCAGCAGCCUAUGGCCCAGCAGCCCCAGGGUUUCCAGCCGCCACAGAUCCAAUUCCCGCAGCAGACCGGAAUGAUGCCGCAGCAGACAGGAUUCGAUCCGAACUUCCAAAGCAACCCGUUCGGACAACAGCAGCCUCCGCCGCCCCAGCAAUUGCAGCCGAAUUUCACUGGCGCAGGAUUCGGGGGUUAUGGGCCGCAGCAGUACGGGCAGCAGCCACCAGCGGUGCCACCAGUGCCACCGAUACCGCAGAGCGCACCCUUCUUGCAGCCGUCGUUUACUGGACCUGCAUCACAGGGAUUGCAACCGCAAACCACCAAUCCCUUCCGCGCCUCAAUGCUCAUGCAAUCACAGCCGACCGGAGGAAAUCCGUUCAGCGCCAACAGCCCGAACAGGGCGUCCACGAAUCCUUUUGCAAAGAACUCACCGCAGAGUACUGGUGGUUUUGCACCUUCUCUACCUGCAAUCCAGUCCUCGCAAUCCAUGGACUUCUCCCAGCCGCCGCGGACCAGCCACAGCCCCGCACCACUGCAACCCGCGCCAACUGGCACCAAUCCAUUCGCACGACCGCAGACGGCGCACGCUGGCGCCUCGCAGUCAAUGCUCAUGCCCACAGCCACUGGCAGCACGAAUCCUUUCCGCCAGAGCGCGUUUGUCAACCAGCAAACGGGACAGGGUUGGCAAAGCAACCAAGGCACGAUGGGCGGCUUGGAACAAUUGGAGACGAUUUCCGUCUUCCCGCGACCUGGUCAGCCUACCGGGCAGCAGCCGCAGCAGACGGGAUGGUCAUCUUGA